AGCGGCUGGAUGGAUCCACAGAGCCGGGCACUCGGGGAUACACCGGUGCUAUGGGGGCGGCCGGCAAUUGGUGGAGAAAAGGGGGCGUGUCCUCACAAGCCUUUCCAGGUCAUCUGCUUCCUCAUUGGCUGCAGGAUUUGGCGCUGAAAACCGGAUUUGUAUUCAGCCAAUCACAGAGGAGUUCUCCCUGCGCCAUCCGGGUAUAAGAAGUGACGGGCGGAGCGGGGCUGUCAGUCUCAUCUGUACAGAGAAGAGGAAGAUGUCUGGACGCGGCAAACAAGGAGGCAAAGUCCGGGCUAAGGCCAAGACUCGCUCCUCCCGGGCAGGGCUCCAGUUCCCUGUCGGCCGAGUGCACAGGCUCCUCCGCAAAGGCAACUACGCCGAGAGGGUGGGCGCCGGCGCUCCCGUCUACUUGGCCGCUGUGCUCGAGUAUCUCACCGCCGAGAUCCUGGAGCUGGCCGGCAAUGCCGCCCGCGACAACAAGAAGACUCGCAUCAUCCCCCGCCACCUGCAGCUGGCCGUGCGCAACGACGAGGAGCUCAACAAGCUGCUGGGCGGUGUCACCAUCGCCCAGGGAGGCGUCCUGCCCAACAUCCAGGCCGUGCUGCUGCCCAAGAAGACCGAGAGCACCAAGUCGGCCAAGAGCAAGUGAGCCCGGCU